AUGCCCAACGGCCUGACCAAGCGCGUGCCGUUGGCCGGGCUUGAAGGCAUGACCGUUGGCGAGUUUGCCGCGGCGCAGCUCCCGACGGCGGACGCAGGCGCCCCGAGCCCGGGGCUGGCCCUGGACCCGGCCGGCAAGACGCUCCUUCCAGCCGACUCGGGCCUGCUGUCGCAUGAUCUCCCGAACGGUGCGAUGCUCUUUUUGGUGAGCAACACCGGGACCACGGCCAAGCGCCCGGCCGCCGCCGCCGCCAACCCGCUGGACCAGGUGCUGCUGGCAUGCCAAGACCCGCUGGCCGAUCCGCUCCUAGUGCCCACGGCGGCGGCGGCGGCGGCGGCCACCCCGGCCGUGGUGCCGGUGCGCACGACUCCUGCGCCGGAUGGCGCCGGGCGAGGCCCGGCCUUUCUGACGCAGUCCCCGCUGGAGGCCUCGUACCGCAAUGAGCGUGGCAUCAAGCACGCCAGUGCGCAUGCGUUUGUCCGCGCACGCAUGGACGCCUCGCGUUCCAGUGCCCUGCAUGGCAAGUUGGCCGUGGUGGACGAUGGAAUCGCCGCACUGGCCGAGGCCACGAAGGCGGCCGACCCGGCGGCCGGGCCGGUGUCCGUGGCUGCCAUGCCGCCGGCCGUGCGCCUGGCCUCGCAGGAGUACCGCCAUGUGGACCAUGUCCUCUUUGAGGCGCCGCACCUGGUCGAUCGGUUCCUGGCCAGCUGGCGCAACUCCGGCGCCCGGCGCCAGCGUUUCGGCCUGCUGGUCGGCCGGCUGGAGCCCUACACCGGGGUGCCGCUCGGCAUCCAGGCGCGCGUGUGUGCCAUCUACGAGCCGGAGCAGGAGGACGAGCCGGGGUCGGCGGCCGGGCGCGGGGCCAUCCGCCUGAAGGCCGAGGACUUCGCGGCCGAGGUGGCCCGGCUGAAUGGCAUCCUCCGGCCGUUGGUCCCGGCGCCGCUCAACCCGCCGGCCGAUCCGAGCACCAUCUCGGCCGCCGGGGCGCGCUUGCUGCUGGAGCCGCUGUGCGUGGUCGGCGCCAUCUGGACCGACUUGGAGGAUGAUGGCACCGGCGCCGGGCGGGUGAAGCCGCGCAUGCACCCGGUCAAGUCGGACCGCGAGCUGGAGCUCGAGGCCGUGGCCGGCACGGACCCGGCCGCGGCGCUGGAGCUCCUCCGCCACCGCGCGGCCCCCAAGCUUCUGGACGGGUCGCCGGUGACCUGCGUCGAGGUGGCCGCCAUGGCGCGCAUGCAAUUUGCCCUGUCCAAGCAUGGGGGCGGCAGCGGGUCCGUGCAGAUGCCCGGCGCCGAGGGGGGCCACUUUGGGAGCCGCUUCGUGUCGGUCAUUGUCCAUGGCGACCGCGAUGGCAACCCCGCUCUCGAGGCGUACAUGGCCUCCGACCAGGCGGUGGCCCUGAUCGCGGCCACCGGGUUGGUCACCGCUUCCAGCGAGCCGACCGCCAUGUAUGCGCUGCCCGAGGUGCCUGGCCGUUUUGUGCCGGAUCUCCUGUUCAGUGAGCAGGACGCCCUCGAUGACAAGGUCACCAAGAAGGCAUCGCCCCUGUUCCCGGUGGAGCUGAUGCUGGUGUCCCUGACGCACGGGUUCCCGGCCCCGGGCACGCGGGACUCCUCGACCCCCGGGUCGGCCAUGUCCACCUCCGGGGUGUCGUCGUCGGCCGGCGGCUCGCCGAUGUCCUCGCUCUCCUCGCUGGGGUCUCUGUCGGGCGCAUCCUCGGCCCGUUCCUCGCCGUUGAUGAUGUCCUCCGGUGCUUCGUCGAUGCAGUCUUCGCCCCUGCUGGGCGGCGUGGUGGACCUGACGGUGGUCCGUCCGCGGCCGGUCUUCCCUGACAGCUCUCCCUGUCCCUUCCCGGUGGAAAACCGCUCGCCGACGCCGGUGCACGCGUCGGCCGUGCUGCGCGCGCACUUCCGCGGGCAUCAGGCCACCGCGGCCACCACCGGGGGCAAUGACGCGGCGCAUGAUUUCCACUUCUUCGUGUGGCUGCGUGAGCGGGACUUCCUGCCGGACCCGGCCGACCCGGAGGACGCCGAUUCGGCCGCCGGCACGGAGCUCACCGCUUGGGCGCGUGCGGCGGUCGGCCUGACCCCGGAGGAGGCGGAUCUCAUGCAGGCCCUGCAGCGCCGGGCCGCCUCCGACAAGGGCGUCCGUCUGUCCUCGGCCACCAGCGAGCCCGCCCCGGCCGGUGCGCCCAUCCUCCCGGCCAUCGCCCGGCCAGUCAACACCACGGUCACCUGGUCCACUCUGCAGAUGAUCAGCUCGUGAGGGGGAUAUAGCACAGGGGGGGGGGGGGGGGGCGGAGCUGCCUUCCUCCCUCGCCCUCGCUCUCGGCCAUCUUUCCCCGGCACCCGGAGGCGCGGCGGGAAAGGUCCAGGGGCCAGCGGCGGCGGGGUGGCGAUUCGCGAGUGUUGCGUUUGUUCUUCGGUUUCUUUCCCUCCCCCCCCCCACCCACCCCCAUGCACAAUACACAUCAAUGCAGGG